UGGGGGGACCUGGGGGAGGUGGGAUUGGGGUUUCCUGCUCCCUGGUGCCCUCUGUGGGGUAUCACGGUGACAGCAGAACCCAUGCAACGGUGACACUCUGUGGCAGAGCCGUUACUAGGAGACACAGUCCCCAUCAUAGCAUCCCCUUCCACAGGAGCAUUCCAUAGGCUCCAAGCUUGCUGGUCAGGCAGGGAGCUGCUCUCUGGAAGAGCUCCACCAUGGAGGAUGCCCGUCCCUUUGUCUAUGGCCUCACUGAGCUGCCGUCUGUGGAGCUGGACACUGUGUCCCCUUCGGAGAAGGCACUCACCGAGGGGAGCUCUGACCUCAUGGACUUGUAUGGCACAAACUACACCGUGGCUCAUGGUAGGGGGGCCCAAAACCUUCCCUAAAAGUGGGGUGGGCUCAUUCCCAAAGCUCAUCCCUCUUUCCCUGCUGUCACCCAGGCUUCCAUCCCCAACUUGGCCACCACACAGGCACUGGCUACGUGACCAACAACCACUCAGCCAUGCCCUGCCUGCUGCGCCCACACAGUGUAUUAGAGGGCCACGGCCGGGAUGCCAUGAGCACCACUGCUGAGCACUUCAAGCCCCUCUGGCUUCCCAAUGGCAGGAGCGUCCUGCCCCGGCACAUGCACCAGCCACAGAAUAGGGACCUGCAGGAGUACCCCCCUUCCUGCCUCCGUGUGGGGAUGGUGAGUCCCCAGCACAUGAGGUCCCACCAGAGCCAGCCCAGACUAAGAGAUAGCCACAGCACUGGUCUCCAGCCAGCUAUCCUGGAGAAGGUCACCCUUGGCACCAAGGAGCCAUUGAUCUUCACCAAAGCCACCAAGAGGACCAACUCCUGCCUGCCACCUCUGCCGAUCCGGCAGAGCCAGCCUCUCGGCGUCAGCCUCACCACAAGGGAUUACCUGCCCCCUGUGCACAGCCACGGCAAUGAGCCCCUUCCAAGGCUGCCACCAGGCUCCGAGCGAGGCAGUGGCUUCACCCGGGAGGGACGGAGCUGCCUGGGCACAGUGGUCUUGCCCACGCUGGGACCCUCAGCAUCCCUCGUAUCCCGAGGGCUGGAGGCAACCCGAGAGACCCAGGCCAGGCUGCUGGGGCAGCAGGCUCCUGGCAGGAUGGUGGGUGCAUGGUCCCAUCCCUAUCCCCAUCCUCAUCCCAUGGGAACGCGUUCCCAACUUGCCUCCAUCCCACAGGAACCAUCAGGGUACACCACUAACUAUGGCCAAUAUGUGACCCGCUGCCUAACCCCAUCCCCUGAAGCUCCAGCCAGGGAUGCCUGGAUAGCAAGACCCAUUGGUGGAAUCCAGCCCCCGCGUCCCAGUGGCUUCAGCACCAACAACCACCCCACUGGGCUGGGGGAUGUCAUUGGCCACCUCCUGAUGUGA